AUGGGUUUCAUGGAAUUUUACCUGGAGAUUGACCCUGUCACCCUGAACCUCAUCAUCCUGGUCGCCAGCUAUGUCAUCCUGCUCUUGGUCUUCCUCAUCUCCUGUAUCCUGUACGACUGCCGGGGCAAAGACCCCACCAAGGAGUACGCCCCCGACAACACGCCGGCGCCGCCCAGUCAGUCGCCCAUACGUCUGGUGGUCAUGCAGAACUCGCCCACCUCGUCCCGCUACGAGCCCAACAACACUGCGGGCCACGGCGAGCUGCCGACGCCAGAUCUGAGCCGGGACAGAGUAGAGAGGGAGCGAGAGAGGGAGAAGAGGAGUACUCUGGUAUGA